CCACACCACCUCACAGAAAUCGAUUUAUGCGCCAACCUUCAUUCUUCAUUUCAUCGUUUUCUCCUCCCAUUGGAAUUUUUCUUUCCCUCUCUAAAAUUUGAUAGCUGCUCCGAUUCCCAGGUAUUUCAGUAUUUGGCAAUCCACAAAUUCAAGGCUUCUGCAUGCAUAGAUCGGAGAAAUUGCCACCAUUAAAACUGGUUUUGAUAUGAUAAGCCUCGUUAUAUUUGGUUCUAUUUAUCGUUUUUUUCAUAAUUCGCGCGCGCCCAUAUGAGUUUUUCCCCUAUAUAAUUUGAUAUGAAAAUUUGGGAGUUCCGAAUUUUGAUGAAUUAAUGUGUGCUCUGUCUGGGUGACAUGGUCCAUAAGCUGCCAAAAGCAUGUGAUUUGUUCAUUAUUGGAGACCUAGUUUGUUUGAGGAACCUUUUCCUAGGGGUGGGACAUGAUAAUGCAUUCUUCUGUGGGUUAUUUUGACGUUAACAGGGCUUACAUUUUUCUUUCGAAUUUCUGUUUGUGUUUGGCCAGGAUUUCAAUUUUGUCGACACACAUCUUGUUGCCAUUGUUGAUAUUGAUAUUUUUACAUAUUCAAGCAGAUAGGUUGGAUAUAUGAUGUUGGCUGGUGGCUAGCGAAAGAGGGGAUAAUUUGAUAAUUGGGUGGUAAGUAUGGAUGAUGCUGUGGAUGCCAACAACAAUCGAGGUGGAUUGGCAAAUGAAAGUGGAGAUUCUGUGGUGACACUAGAUCAAGUUCCAUGCUGGAGUAGUGUGGAGUGUAAAGACUCGAAUGAGAAUGAAGAUCCUGCAUUUUCUAACUCAUCCUUUGCAGACCCGUUGACAUCUAUUGAUGAGGGUGGGGAUUGUUUAAAUUGCAUGCAAUCCAGGUUCCCGGUGAAUCAUGAGGUUAACUCCAAGGUUUAUCUUUGGAGGGGGAACCCUUGGGUUCUUGAGGUGGAUGCUGUAGUCAAUUCAACGAAUGAGAGCCUAGAUGAAUCACAGAGCAGUCCUGGAUUGCAUGCUGCAGCUGGACCUGUCCUUGCAGAAGAAUGUGCAACACUGGGUGGUUGCCGAACCGGGAUGGCAAAAAUUAGCAAAGGAUAUGACCUUCCUGCUAGGAGGGUCUUACAUACAGUUGGUCCUAAAUAUGCUGUGAAAUAUCAUACUGCUGCAGAGAAUGCUUUAAGUCAUUGCUAUAGGUCUUGCCUAGAGCUUCUCAUUGAAAAUGGGUUGCAGAGCAUUGCUAUGGGCUGUAUAUAUACAGAAGCCAAAAUGUAUCCACGAGAACCUGCUGCCCAUGUUGCAAUAAGAACUGUCAGGCGAUUUCUCGAGAAACAGAAGGAUUACGUACAUGCAGUCAUAUUUUGUACCACAGCAUCAUCUGACGCAGAGAUUUAUAAGAGAUUGCUCCCACUUUACUUUCCAAGGGAGAAGAAAGAGGAGGUAUUAGCUACUACAAAACUUCCUGCAGAUGUUGGCGAUGAAAAUGGUGAGACAGUUAUUGAUGAGCGCAGAAUAAGAAUUCAGCCUUUGCCUAAUGUGAAGAAGAAGGCAGUUCCAAGAAUUCCUCAAAUCUCUAAUGAUCUGCCAGUCAGUGAUGUUUUGCCAGCACGAAAGAACUCAGCAUACUUGUCUUCAUAUCUGGAUCCUGCUUUCAUGUCCUUGAUCAAAGAUCCAGACCAAAGACGCAUGGAGCAGUGGGAGAAAGCUGCUGAUGCACGAAAUGGUUGGGAUAUUGCUAAAAUGCUUGGGUAUGGUGACCUCAGGGGCCCUCCUUUGUCUGCUGCUGAAGAAUAUUCCCUUCAUUCCAGAUAUCUUGCUAAAGCAAAUUCACUCAAUCUUACCGAGAUUUCAGAAAUGAGAAUAGUCUACCGAGGUGGAGUUGACCAUGAAGGUCGCCCAGUGAUGGUGGUUGUCGGAGCACAUUUUCUGUUAAGGUGUCUUGAUCUAGAACGGUUUGUCUUGUAUGUAAUAAAGGAAUUUGAGCCUGUGAUACAGAAGCCUUAUACUAUUGUUUAUUUCCACUCAGCCGCAUCAUUACAGAUGCAACCGGACCUAGGAUGGAUGAAAAGAUUAGAGCAAAUACUCGGGCGGAAGCACCAACAUAAUCUUCACGCAAUAUACGUCCUUCAUCCAACCUUUGGACUAAAAACCGCUAUUUUUGCAAUGCAGCUUUUAAUAGAUAAGGUGUGGAAGAAGGUGAACUAUCUCGAUCGCCUUCUGCAGCUAUUCAGAUACAUUCCUCGCGAACAGCUGAGCAUUCCAGAUUUUGUGUUUCAGCAUGAUCUUGAAGUAAAUGGAGAGAAGGGCGUUAUUGUUGACCCGAGAACAAAAUAUGUUUAUCAGCGGCAAUAGAUCAUCUAAGAAGGCACAUUUCCUUCUGCUUCAGGUUCCUCAUAUGCAGCAGUUCACAACCUUCUCUCGCUAGUUUUUUUUUUGGGUUAGCUGAAAUUUUGCAUAUUCUGUAAGCUAGUAAUAUUUGAAGAUAAUAGGAGUAUUCAUUUGUAAUUACUAUUUUAUUUUAGCUCAUUGUAUUUCAUGGUGACCUGAGAUCCAACUACUUAUAUAUUGGUGGCUAACUAUUUGGAAACCAAUUUCUUU